GAUGACACUCAUCAAAACAUGUUUAUUGGUUUUUCCAUUGUCGAUUCCGUUUUAUGACUUUAUUUUUGUGUUUUUAUGAUGUAAAGCCCUGUGAACAGGCUUGCUGCUGAAAUGUGUUUUACAGAUAAACUUGGUUGAUUGAUCGAAGGGACACUCGAUUUCCACAUCUCACUUUCACUGCUGACUGUCAAACUGAAGCUGAUGGAAAUGAUGUUUUCAGUCUGCUGUCCGGGUUGCAUUUUAAAUGACUGGACCUAAUGCAAGCAGAGUCCAUUCCCUGAGAGUCCAUGCCUUCUUUGCCGCGGCUCCCAAAGAAAACCAGCAGAAGGGCAGAAAGUGGAUGAAGGGAGGCGGCAGCACAAAUACAAUGAUCUCUGAAUCUGGCGGCAUUCAUCAGAACAGCGAUCAUCCUCCCAGCCCCUUAUCCUCCUCCCUCCGCUCUGCAGCCUGCCAGCUGAGCAGCAGCCGGGACACCCGGAGCACCAGCAGCAGCUUCCAGCCUCUGUUCUCCGCCUGCAUCAUGACAUCUGGGGAGUUCCUGCCGAGCGCUCCUCUGCUGGUGCACAAAUCCAGGAGGAGCCUGCUCUACAAGUCGCUCUGCUUCCUUCUCCUCUUCUUCCAGGGCGGCGUCCUGGACUUCUACCUCAUCCUCUUCACCGACCUGUACUGGUGCUCGUGGAUAGCCACGGACCUGGUGGUCAUCUCGGGCUGGGGGGUUUUCUUCCUGAAGAACGCUCGAAGCCAGAGAGAACGGGCCUGCGGCUUUCACCAGAAGAGCUCCAUUUUCGGCUGCAACCUCGGAGAGUUCACCUAUGCCUACCUGGCCUGGCUCAUCUAUGUCAUCGCCUGCACCCCGAAAGUCGUGCUCAUCCUGGAGACCUCCAUCCUGGAGCUGAUUGCGCUGAAGGUGCCGUGCGGCGUGACCGGUUUUAAGAUCACGGUUCUGCUGUCCGCGCCGCUGCUCUUCUGCCUCAUCAACUCCAUCGUGGUGGAUUUAAACGGCCCGACCCGCCACCACUCCCAGAGCUGCUUCACCAGCACCUGCCUGGACCUGCUGGACUCGUUCACGCUGAUGGAGAUGCUUCUCAGAGGCGAGCUCCCCUCCGUGUACCUGAAGUACACGGUGAUCACGGUGUACUUCGUGGCCCUGGCGGUCCCGGUGGUCUGGCUCUACGAGCUGACGGCGGCGGAGCUGCGGUGCCGGUGGCUGUGGGCCCGCUUCUCCACCGGACUGCUGGUCAACGCUCCGCUGCUCGUCGUGCGUUGCUUCCAGGUGUAUGUCUACAAGAUGCCGGUGUCGGUGUUCAUGUUCAAGAACAUCUUCUUGCUGGCGUGCCGCCUGCUGGAGCUGCUGGAGCAGUGCGCCGCGGUGCAGGGCCUGCGGAGGCGGACUGGCACCAACAACCCAGCCCAGUUCUCCCACUGCGUGUCCGAGAACGACAUGUGUCCCCACGGAUAUGUCAACACUCUGGCCGUCACGCAGUCUUAAUCAGCCUGCAUGUGCUGGAGGCUGGCGUGGGAAUGAAGCAGACACAGCGGGGAGCCAAGCCGAGCCUCAGCGGGCAGACUGCUGCUGUGGACCGGGGGUGGGUGGGGGUGGGGAGGGCAACACCACAGGGUUGCUUGUCAGUUUGUCGGAUAAAAACAUCCAGGUUGCAGGAUUUCCACUGGCAGAAGAUAAAGAUAAACCAGCGCAAUGACAGCAGCACCGCGGAUCUCUUUCAUUUCUAGAGGCUGGAAACUGGAUGUUCAAACAGAUUCUCUUUUUUAUCUCUUUUUUGCGAAGUCAGCAAACUUUUCCUUUCUUUCUAGAUAACAGACCUCCACGGAGUCUUCUUCUGAUCUUUGUUGCUUUUUGGGGAUUAUAUCACAUUACUACUUGCCCUACACCAACACCUUGGAUCUGAGGAACUUUCUGUAGAACUUUAAAUCAUUUUCUACAGGACAUGUUUGGCUGUUUUAGGCUUUUGUCUCAUAUUUCCAAGCUCUUAUUUAGAACCAGUUCACACAGGUCACAUUCAGAUUAAACUGGUGCAAACAAUAAUAAGAAUAAUAAGAAUAAUAAUAAUAAUAAGAAUAUGAUCCUGUUGAGUUUUGGACAUAGAAGCAAAACGUGUGUUCUGACUCCAGAUGUCAUGGACAGCAGCAGUUCCUGUUCCUGUGGCUUUGUGCUCCAUUUGUCAGAACCAGAGUAGAAUGUGUGUCUGUAGUUUAGUGACUCAGAGGAGUGGACCUCUGUCUGCUGGUGUCACACUGUCAUGGCUGAUGCCACAGUGUUAGGGCAAUGAGUUCGAUCUGAUGUGAUGGUUCUGAUAGGCCGCCUGCUCCGUCCCCACUGAGCCGUUCAGAUUUCAGCUCUGCUCUCAGAUGAAGGUGAUGGAAUGUAAAGUGCCUGUCAGAGCAUGAAGCCGGUAACCUGGGUUACUGCAGGAGGUUCACUUAAUGGCACAAAUGGAACUUCUGGUGGUUGUGCCUUGAAAGCCUCAAUAUUUCAAUAAAACACCAACUUCAUAUCUUAUCACUUUGACUUAAAACACAAGAGGCUGUUCCCAGUGUUAAGGUUGUAAAAAAUUAUGGCUUUAAAAGUCCAGAUUUGGACCAAAUGUUUCUCCAGCCAUGUGGAGCAGAGAGCUGUGCUGUGCUCCUCCCCCACCUGUUGCUGUACAUGGUCAGGGUUUAACUUUUCCCUGAAGGAGAAGCUUAGAUGGUGGGAAAAAUUAAAGAAGAUCAAAUAGACAUAUUUGCACAAUAAAUACAUGUAUUCACCGUCAUAGUGAAUAUGUUAUAUUCAAUCAACAGAAGUUUUUAAAUGAAAGUGAUUUUAUUAAAAUAAACACUUAUUUGGCAGAGUCAGAAUGCAGGGCAGCACAAGCGGGCAGUUGGUCGUCUUCUGGUAAGAAGGUUUUGGGUUCAAAUCCCCAGUUGGGGUCUUUCUGCAUGGAAGUUUGAAUGUUCUGCUUACGCAUGUGUGUGUUCUCUCCUUUUACUCCAUCUUCAGUUCAAACACUUGACUGUUAAUUGGUCUCUCUACUGCCAUUUGGCACAAGUGUGUGUGCGUGUGUGUGUUAGGGCUGUAACAAUCCCUCAAAUGAUUCGAGUACCUCGAUUAUUAAAAUUCCUCGAGAAAAAUGUAUUGGCCUUGAAGCUUCGAUAAAUUAUGCUUUAUUAUUUAGCAUGCCGAGUUCCGGGCAGCGCUCUUAUUUCCGCCUGUGAGUUAUUGCUCAGUGCUGGCAGCAUAACGUCCAGUUUUCUGGGUUUUAUCGAGAGAGAAAAAGGGAGAAAGAAGGGGUGAAAGGGAGAUCGCAGUUUUUUUCUGAUUACUCGAUUAAUCAUAACAAUAAUGGAUAGAGUACUCGAUUACUAGAAUAUUCUUUUACAACAGCCCUAGUGUGUGUAUCUCUGGGUUGAUGACAGACUGCUGUCUCGCCUAGUGACUGCUGGAGCUGCCCCAGGGUGACCCACAGACAGUGGAUGGAUAUCAGGAUGCCCAAUCAUAGAGCUUUUAUUUGCACAGUGGAGUCUUGGGUUUUGCUCCAUAACCUAAUUGAGAGAGCAGGUUUCUGAUUCAGCCAUAAUCAACAAGUUGUCUUACCCCAACACUACAUCCCACUCUUGUACAUUUGCUCUGUCAUUUAGUGAAAGAUCAGGGUGGAAUAGUGAUAUAAAGAGCUUAAAUAGAAGGCAGUUAAUCUGCACAGGUGGGCUUUGACACCAGCUUUAGAAAAUAAUGUGAUUUUGAAUGAUAAUUUGUCAAAAGAAACAAAUAAUAUUGUUGGUCUCUGAUGCCCACAAAAGGGAUUAAAUACCUGAGAUUCUCCAUCAGUACAAAAAGACAUUCGCUGUCUUCAGGAGUGAAGCAGACAUCCACCUGCCUUCUGUUCAGGCACUUAUCACUGCAAUGACCUAAAUAGAACAUAUACUGUUGAUAAUGUGUGCUCUACAUGUGAGAUGUUGCUUAGUGUCUUAUUUUAAGUUGGAAUGUCAUGCCUUAUCCUGCUUGAUGUGGCAGUUUGUGCAAUAUUUCACAAAUAAAAAUACAUUUAAUGCCUUUUGCUGAAAAUGAA